CCUAAAACUGGUAAUCGUGACACAAUAUUUAUAAAUGUAACCACGGAAACCAUCGUGGUCAUCACACACAUUGUGAAAAAAACUAUUACAUUUUCAUCCAAAAUGCAAAGGGCAACAGUUACCACUUCACUGACAUCCGGUGAUAAUUCCGCAUCUAAUUGUUAAGCAAAUAAAACUUGUUCAUAUGUACGUGUUAUCACUUUUGCGAUCGCGAUUCUGUGGAAGCCCUAACAAAAGCUACGCAGCGUGUACAACUCAUCAACGAUCCACUAAAUGUUAAUAGAAAGAUGUCAGAAGCUGUCGAGCACAUAAAAUCCUUAGAUCCUCAAGCUCCGGUAACCAGAAAAGGUUACUUGAUAUCUAUAAAAAGCGGGGAACCGAUUGAUAUAAAAGAUUGCGAUGUGCAUGGACGAUGUCGUGCAGUUACUGAUUUUGAAAAAUUAAAUCGCAUUGGAGAAGGCACAUACGGUAUAGUUUAUCGGGCCAGAGAUUCUCGAACAAAUAGUAUAGUUGCUUUAAAAAAAGUACGAAUGGAUCAAGAAAAAGAUGGUUUACCUAUCAGCGGAUUACGAGAAAUAAUGAUUCUAAAAGCCUGUAGCCAUGAAAAUAUUGUAAAUCUCAUUGAUGUAGUAGUAGGCAAAAGCUUAGAAAGCAUAUUUCUUGUAAUGGAGUACUGUGAACAGGACUUGGCAUCAUUACUCGACAAUAUGGUGCAGCCUUUUUCAGAGUCUGAAGUGAAAUGUAUUAUUUUACAAGUUUUGCAUGGAUUGGAGUAUAUGCAUUCCAGAUAUAUAAUCCAUCGUGACUUAAAAGUGUCUAACUUGUUAAUGACUGACAAGGGGUGUGUUAAAAUAGCUGACUUUGGUCUUGCUAGGCUUUAUGGUGAACCAUCUACAACUAUGACACCACAAGUAGUAACUCUUUGGUACCGUUCACCAGAAUUAUUAUUGGGAUCGCCAAUCCAAACAACGGCUGUGGAUAUGUGGGCUGUCGGGUGCAUCUUAGGUGAACUUUUGUCUCAUAAGCCGCUGCUACCUGGUAGUACAGAACUUGGGCAAUUAGAUUUGAUAACAGAUUUGCUUGGAACUCCAUCGGAAAACAUUUGGCCUGAAUUUCUUAAAAUGCCGGCACUUGAAAAUUUCACACUUAAACAGCAACCCUAUAAUAAUUUAAAACCAAAAUUUCAAUAUUUGACUGCAGCCGGAUUACGACUCUUAAACUUCCUAUUCAUGUAUGAUCCCAAAAAACGUGCUACGGCCGAAGAAUGUUUGCAGAGCAGCUAUUUUAAGGAACCACCAUUGCCGUGUGACCCAAAAUUGAUGCCCACAUUCCCUCAACACCGCAACCUCGCACAAACGAAACAAACAACUGGGCAGCAAACUAAUAUUGAGCUGCCAACCAUAUCGGCAAUAUUAGGUAGCAUAUUAAAAAAACGUCGUGUAGAUUAGACAUUUUUAGUACCAUAUAUUUGAAUAAUAAAGCAAAUAACUUAAA